GCGUCUGCUGUGGUGCGUUGCAGUGCCGUCUGCGCGUGCGUGUGCGAUGUAAACAAAGACUGCGCAAGUUUUUCGCGAGUGUUUUUUGCUACCGUUUCUAAAGUCGUUCUAUUGUAUUCCUGUCUGAGUUGGUUUACUUUAUUAUAUCCGGUUAAUUGAUUAAUUUACAGACUGAAGAGAAUUCACAGAAGAUACUGAACCGGCGUGGAAUGUUUUAAACUAGGCGCGCAGUAUGCUGACAGCCUAGCCGCGAUCCCAGGCCGCGACAUGGAGACGGUGCAGGUGCACAUGCCGGUGCGCGUCACGGUGGAGGCGGUGGACGACGUGGACGUGGGCGUGGGCGCGCCGUGGGAGGGCCCGCGCCCCCGCGCGGGGUUGGGUCUGGAUGGCGAUCCGGCUGCGUCGAGCAGCUCGCACAGCCUGCCGCUGGUGCUGGAGUCGGGCGCCGACUCCGCCCCCGAGCUGGGGCCGCCCUCCGCCGACAAGCGCGGCCGCCGCAAGUCGUGGCACAUUAAGAUGGAGCGCAAGCGCCGCAAGGGAGUCAUCGGCAACGUCGCCGCCGCCGACCGCCAGAAGAGGCCCUCCUGGUGGAACAUCUUCGUGCCCGACCACUGGCCCAGGUCGCGCCGCGCCUCGCAGGACCUGAGCCGGCCCACGGAGAGCGGCGCCACCUACCUGCGGAGCAAGAGCCGCAGCGUGGACCAUGGCUUCGUGGCGCCUUUCGACUUGGACUCGCUGCGUUCCAAAGUGGAGGGCCGCUUUGAGUCCGUUGACAAGCUCUCCAGAUCCGAUUCUGAUGGCGGAGGUCCCGGAAAGGACGGCGCCCCUCUCGGGGAGCGCCGACCCGCUUCUGCCCCGCCCCCAAUCGAGACGACGACGUACACGGUGGCAGCGAACGACACCCUUACGUCCGUGGCGGCGCGGUUCGACACGACGCCGUCGGAGCUGGCAAAGCUGAACCGGCUGGGCGCGCGUCUCAUCUUCCCCGGACAGGUGCUGCGCGUACCCUUGCGCGGGCCUGCCGCUGACUCCGCCGAGGGAGCGGACCGACAGCAGCCGCAGCUGCAGCCGCCGGCGCCUGCGCACCCCGAAGGCCAGCUGACGCCAGCCGCCGCCGCUGACGCCGCGCGGCCCUCUGCAGAGACAGAUAUUCUGGAGAGCUUGCGGCCUGUGUCACCAAAACCAACUGGUCCACCUGUGAUGAGUGAAGCAACGCACCCCUCCCACCCUGAUACUACAGGUAGCAGUGGUGCAUCGCUGGAGGAGCAGCGAGCUGAAAGACGUUUCCUCAAGAUCAAUGUGCGGCACAUAACUGACGGACAGGGUGUUGUUGGUGGUGUGCUGCUCGUGACGCCUAAUGCAGUAAUGUUUGACCCAAAUGUAUCUGAUCCCCUAGUUAUUGAGCAUGGUCCAGAGAUGUAUGGUGUAAUUGCUCCCAUGGAAUAUGUGGUAAAUGCAGCUAUCUACUAUGACAUUGCCCACAUGAGAGUGGGCCACCAUACUGGCGACAACAAAAGGGCAGACACACCCAAGCCGGAAAUAUACCAUUCGAAGGCCUUUCAGACCUAUGAGAAAGGACAGAACUCGCCAGGCAAGGAUUCUCUUCUAGUGAAGGAUGAGACUUUUCCAGAGCUUGCUGGCCCAGCCCGAUCUUCCCCAGAGGACAAUGAGAGCGAGUGUUCAUGCCCUGGACGUGAAGAUGGUGAUGCCUUCCCCAAGGCCUUUGAACGGGAUCUCGUGACACCUACUAACCUGGCAACCACAGUAGAAAAUGGGACUGAUGCAGACAGCAGACAGGUGUCUUUUGAAUCUUGCACCUCUGGUUCUCAGACAAAGGACGGUGUAGAAGAGACGACUGAAGCAGAUGAUGAUGACUAUGAUGAUGAUGAUAUCAUAAAGGCACUGAGAUCUGCAGAAGAGCGACGUCGCUCUUGCAUUGAUCAUCACUGGGCUGUACCUAGCAGCGAACGAGAUCGCUCCUUGGAAAAAGAUGAACUUGAAGCAGAUGGAGAAAGAAAUGACACAGCAGUAAGUGCUCCAUGUGAUGGCCUGCUAGAGAAACACAGCUGCCAUGAUUCUGGCAUAGAUAUCCGAGAAGUAGGAGCACUUGGAGAUCAGGCACAACCACCUGGAACUCAUUCAGUCCAGGAACAGCAGGAAGAUGAGGAGGAGGAAAUACCUAUUGUAUUACCUAGUAAGAAGGUGUUUUCCGAUGCAGACAUAAUUCUUGCACCAAAGACUGAAUGGGUACCACCUCGAACUGUGUCAGGUCCAACUCAUGUUCACACGUCCCAAGACUCUCCUCCUGUUAAUGAAUCUGGUAGGAAGAAAACUUCAUCAGUGUCCUUCAGUCUUGAUUCAAAUCAAGAGGGGGAUUCAGGCAGUGAUAAAGGUGAAGAAGGUAGUCAAAAAAGUGAAGAUCCAGAGAAACAAGAGAGCAGAAAGAAUAAGAUGCUGAAAAGGCUGUCAUACCCACUUUCGUGGAUGGAAGGAAUAACUGGUGAAAAAGAUGAUAAAGAUCCUCUGGUGGGACUACCAACACCUUCCGCUGUAGAUGCACAGCAGCACUCAUCAAUGUUUUCCAAAGUGUUUUCAAGGCGAUCAUCAGUUGGGACUUUCAUCCGCCAGCAGCAAGAACCUCGAUCAGCACCACCGCAGAAGCCUGUUGCUCCAAAGCUGGACUAUCGUAGUAUGGUGUCUGUUGAGGACAUGCCUGAACUUUUUGUUUCAUUUGAUAUCCAUGCACCUAACUAUCCUCUGCUCGAUGGUUUGGAAUUGAUACCAAGACCAGCAAGAUCCUGUGAAGACCCACCACUUUACUUAACACUGAGAAUGGGGAAACCAUUAAAUAAAAAGAUUCCAAAGUCAACCCCCAUUAUGUCAUAUGGGAAAAAGAAAAUGAGGCCAGAAUACUGGUUCAGUGUACCCAGGAACAGGGUUGAUGAACUGUACAGUUUCCUGAUGCUGUGGAUCCCCCAUCUUUACGGUGACCUGGAAGAAAUAGACUUCAAAUCACGUGGUUAUGAGUUAGUGGAAUCAGAUACAGAACUCUGGGAUGAUGAAGUUGGAGAUGGAAAUGGUCGAACAGGAGAUAGUAGGUCUCGGUCAGGCAGUGAUGGUGAUGCAGAAUUGGGGGAACUGACACGUGAAUCAUGGGAGGUGAUCAAGGCCCCAUAUGUUAAGCUGUACAGUAUCUUGAAGACUGUGUCUUCCGAAUCUGAGCCAGUUGAGGAGGUGCUUUCUAUGAGCGAGGAAUUACGCCGUGCACUGUAUGCCAAUAAUUCCACCAGUAUUGACUUGGAAUUUACAUUGCCAGAACUUUCGGGUACAACAGAGAUUUUGUCAGAAGAGCACAGACGCAAACUUUGCAGGCACUUGCCUGCCCGAGCUGAAGGGUAUGUGUGGACACUUGUGUUCAGUACCUCACAACAUGGUUUCAGUUUGAACUCAAUGUAUCGGAAGAUGAACAGGUUGGAGAGCCCAAUCCUCUUAGUUAUAGAAGACACAGAGAAUAAUGUAUUUGGUGCCUUGACAUCAUGUGCCCUGAAAGUGAGUGACCACUUCUAUGGAACAGGAGAAUCGCUUCUCUUCAGAUUUACACCAGAGUUCCAAGUGUUCAAUUGGACAGGAGACAAUCUGUAUUUCAUAAAAGGCAACAAUGAAAGCCUUUCGAUUGGAGCUGGCGAUGGAAAAUUCGGUUUAUGGUUAGAUGGUGACCUCUAUCAGGGGCGGACAGAGCCUUGCAGUACUUACGGAAAUGAGCCUUUGACGCCACAGAAAGACUUCGUUGUAAAGACCUUGGAAUGCUGGGCUUUCAUCUGAACAGUGCUGCUGAAAGUGCUCAGAUUCUAGGAAUGCAAACAGAAUGACAUUUGAAAAUACUGAAUGCGUGUUUCUGCCAGCUUUAUUUUGUAAAAAGUGUAAUUGAAAACAACUGCUAAUGUGCAGUUUUAUUAAAAGUUUAUCCUUGAUAAUGGACUGCAUGAUCUGGAAAAAUGUGUGGGGUCACCAGGCUCCAAUAACAGCUUUGUUUGAUAGACAAUAUGUUGUUUUGUAUUUUUGUGUGGAAUAUUUAAAUACUAGGAUGCUUUUAUGUAUCAUGUAGAAGGGUGAUAUUUCUUCCAAGAAGAAUAAUGGAAAUUAGUACAAGGAUAAUGCAUAGAAUUUGUACAGUGUACAUAAAUUGUAACUCUGUAGUCUGGUAAGUGUACAGUUGCUGUAUAAGAGAUUAGUCAGGUAAUUUCUGUCCGUGAAAUAGGAAAUGAAUUUGUAACAGAUCACUCAGAAUUAUUGAAUAACAGCUGGUGAGAUAUGCAGUGCAUGGUUAUACUUAAGAGCAGACUGUUUUGGUCAGUUAGGCUGUUGAACAGUGAGUAAUGAAAGUUGUCAAGCUAAAGUGAAAUGAAAGUGAAUUAACCAUUGUUCUGGAAGAUGAUUUUUUAGACUGCAGAUGAUUACACGAGUUACUUUUAGAUCAAUCUGUUAAGUGCCAGCAGCAUGUUUCUCAAUUAAUUGGUACUUGCAGAAGGUGAACGUUCUGUAUUUGAAAGAGGCUAAUCUAUAGAAGAGUGAAGACUAUUUCUUGAUGUCAAUGAGGAGUAACAUUUCAAGCACACUUCAAAUUGUGUGUCUUGCUAAUUGUAUGAAAUCACUAAAAUCAGACAUUAGAAACAACGAAAUUUAGUGUAUCACAUAUCACAGUAAAAGUUCGAAAUUACCAGAUUUGUAUGAACUUAAAUUGUGCUGCUCUGAAUAUUUUAUUUAAUAAAGACUGGUGCGAAGUUACCAUUCAUAUACCAACUGACUGACAACUUGGAAGCUUUUGAUGAGAUGGACAGUACAGUUACCAGUAAUUUUUUCUGAGAUCUGACACUGUUCUCUCAGUGUUUCGCAUUUGGUAAAACUUUGUGUUCAUGGAAAUAUCUGUAUUGAUUUAAAAAAGAAAAAGCCUGUUCAAACAACUUCAUUAAAGCAGUGGGACUGUUAAACCACAAAUUGUCUAAAACAAUUUUAAAUUAUCGACAGAUACAAAAUAGAAGUUUACAAAUGCCAUAUAUGCACAAAAAGGCAUUAUGUUCUAUUAGCAAAAUAAAAAUUCAGUAUGUAGAAAUGGUCACAAAAAUGACAAGUAUAAUGAUGAAAAUGUGAAAUAUUAUAGUUUAGAUCAAUAUAUUUGUAUGACACUAUCCUUCAAUAUAUUUUUUCUGUAUUUUGCUGGAAAAUGUAAUCUUAAAUUGCAGUAAAUAUUAUAAUCUAGAAAUGUUAAGAACUGCUCACCUCAGAAGAAAUGUGGAAAAUACAAAGCAUUCUGCGGGCAGCCUUGAUGUUCGAUUAGUAUUUAAAAUGGACUUAAUGCUUUGGGCUUGCCAAACCAUUAAUGCAUACAAUGGAUACUGUAUAAAAUUGUUAGUGUUGCCUUAAUUGUGUGCAAAUGCAAAUAUGUUGAAUAUGUGGGAGAUGUGCUGUUUCCUGCUUCAUUGUUGCUGUGUGUGAAUGAAUGUGGUAUUUUAUUUUUUUACACUGAUGUAGUGCUGUUUUCUGUACUUGUUUUCUGCCAUUAUAUUCAUAAUAAUGUACAGUGAAAAUAAUUAAAUUUAUUCUUGCAGUGGCCAUAAA